CAGCUAUAUAAAUAAACAGAUAUACAUGACUUUUUAGAUUACAAAUGAUAUGAUCAGUAUAGAUAGACAUAACUAAAGAGGCAUACCGCAUAAUAGCUUUUACUGGGAUGUUUAUUCAAGCAUUGGUACUCGUAUUCUGUUUAAAAGAAAGCUUCUCUCAAGUGUGCGAUGUUCGUGGAGAGAAGUAUCCCAUUGGUCAAUUUAUUAACAAGUGCCGAAAAUGUAAUUGUAAUAAAGAUGGCUCUUGGAAAUGUGACCCUCAAUGUCCAGCGGAAUCUAUUACUUGCCCCGCAGGACAAAUAAUAACUCGUGUUCGUAAAGAAGUUUUAAGUGGAUGUUUUUGUGAUAAACUUACGUGCGUCACAGAUUCAAAUUCAGUGUGCGAUGUUCGUGGAGAGAAGUAUCCCACUGGUCAAUUUAUUAACAAGUGCCGAAAAUGUAAUUGUAACAAAGAUGGCUCUUGGAAAUGUGACUCUCAAUGUCCAGAGGAACCUAUUACUUGCCCCGAAGGACAAACAACAACUCGUGUUCGUACAGAAGUUUUAAAAGGGUGUUAUUGUGACAAACUUACCUGUGUCAAUAAUCAAAACAAAGUGUGUGAUGUUCGGGGUGAGAAGUUCCCUGCUGGCCCAUUCAUCUACAAGUGUCGGAAGUGCAAUUGUAACAAAGAUGGUUAUUGGAAAUGUGACCCUCAAUGUCCAGAGCAAUCAAUUGUAUGUCCCGCAGGACAAAUAGUAAUUCGUAAUCGUACAGAAGUUUUAAGCGGGUGUUAUUGUGAAAAGCUUACUUGCGUCACGAAUUUAAAUGCAGUGUGUAAUGUUCGUGGAGAAAAAUAUUCCGUGGGUACUUUCUAUAACAUGUGCCGAAGAUGCAUUUGUAAUAGAGAUGGCUCUUGGAAAUGUGAUCCUCAAUGUCCAGAGCAAUCGGUUACUUGUCCAGCAGGUCAAAAAAUAACUACAGUUCGUACAGAGGUUUUAAGCGGGUGUUAUUGUGACAAACUUACUUGUGUCGCGGAUUCAAAUGCAGCGUGUGACGUUCGUGGUGAGAAGUAUCCCACUGGAUCUUUCAUCAAUAAAUGUCGAAAAUGCAAUUGCAAUGGAGAUGGCUCGUGGCAAUGUGAUCCUCAAUGUCCAGUUGAAUCCAUCAAUUGUCCUGCAGGAGAAAUAAUUACUCGCAUUCGCACAGAAAUUUCAAAAGGUUGUUUUUGUGAUAAGCUUAUAUGCGUCAAAGAUCCGAAUGGAGUGUGUCAAGUUGGCGAAGAAAAGUAUCCUAUUGGGCCAUUUAUGAACAAAUGUCGUAAAUGCAAUUGUAACAAAGAUGGUUCGUGGAAUUGUGACCCCCAAUGUCCAGUUGAAUCUAUUACUUGCUCCGCAGGACAAAUAAUAACUCGUGUUAACACAGAAAUUUCGAGUGGAUGUUUUUGUAACAAACUUGCCUGUGCAACUGAGCAAAAAAAAGAGUGUAACGUCGAUGGCGUUAUUUAUUCAGUUGGAAAAUUCACUUCCAAAUGUCGCAAUUGUAUUUGCAACAACGAUGGCUCGUGGAAUUGUUCUUCAUUUUGUCCUGAAUAUAGUAUACGUUGUGAAGAUAAUCAAGUUGUAAAAAACAUUCGCGAAGAAAUAUCAGGCUGCUUUUGCGAUAAACCAAUCUGCGUAAACAUUAAUUAACAUUAUUUUGUUAUUGCA